GGGACAGUUACUCCUCUUUCCUGGGACUAGAGACAUGUCAGGAAGUAAGUGGAAACCUUAUCAAAGUGAGGAGAGUUCCCCUCUUACACAGUUGUCCCUGGAACCCUUCCCAUCAGCCCCUGUUCUGGUGACAACAGCACAAUUUUGGAAUUCCUAUCCUUUACCCAUGGGGCAGACUGACAACUCAUGGGGCCCCGGGCAAUAGGGGAUCAUGGGGCCCCUGUGUCCUUGCCCAAACUCAAAAAAGCCUAUGAAAAAGGUACCAGGGGCAUCUCAUGGGGCCCCCUACUGACCUCGGGCCCUCGGGCAGUGCCCGAGUUUCCAAAUGGUCAGUCCGCCCCUGCUCUGCAC